AUGGGUUAAUAAUGUUGUUAAACCUGCAACAAAACAACAGAUGAAGAGAAAAGAGAAAUCUUAGUUCCAGAUUAAAUUAUAGCUCAAACUGUGUCUAUAUAUAAUGAAAACUCAUCUUCAGAAUUUAAAUAAUCUGUCAUUUUACUUUCUAAAGAUGAAUAGUAUGAAGAAUAACCUGAAAAUGCAUUUCCAAUCGAAUCUAUCAAAAUUCCUAAACAAAUAGAAGAAUAUUUAUCUACUCUCCCUGAGUUUAAUUACUAAAUGAAUACAAGAGGACAAUAUUUAGGGGCCUUUUUACUUAAAGAUAAUUCUCAGUAUGAUGGAGAAUGGCAUAAAUCAAUGAGACAUGGAAAAGGACGCUGUGUCUUCCCUAAUCUAGUUUAUUAUGAAGGAUCAUGGAAAGAAGAUAAAAUUGAUGGUUAUGGUAGAUUAAUACAUCCAGAACAUGAAUAUUAUGAAGGUUUAUUUACAAAUGGAUUAAAGAAUGGUAAAGGUAGAGUUACUCAAAAUAAUGGUGCCUAUUUUGAAGGAGAAUUCGUAUAUGAUAAAAAACAUGGAUAUGGUAUCGAAGUCUGGCCUGACGGUUAAUAAUAUGAAGGUCAGUAUUUUAAUGGAUCUAAAGAAGGUAGAGGAAUUUUUACUUGGGCUAAUGGAGAUACCUAUGAAGGAGAGUUUAAAGACAAUAAAAUGGAAGGGAUUGGAAUCUUUAAAUGGAAAGAUAAGGAAUAUGAAGGAGAAUGGAAAGAUAGCAAGAUGAAUGGAUAAGGAGAAUUUAGAUGGAAUGAUGGUAGAAAAUAUAUUGGAAGUUAUAAAAAUGAUAAAAAAGACGGUUAUGGUGAGUUUAAUUGGCCAGAUGGUAAAUAUUAUAAAGGUUAAUGGAAAGAUGGAAAAUAGCAUGGAAUUGCUCUUUAUAAAGGUAAAGACAUGCCUAAUGAAAGACAAUGUUAUUUUGAAGAAGGUAAACGAACUAAAUGGAUAGAAUGA